CCCGUUCGCCGUUACAUUUUCGGAUCUGGUUGCGAACAUUUAAAUUUCUUGCGGUGCGCCUUGCCUCGUCCAGAACGCCUUUCGAACGUAAGUGCAGCAGCAGGAAGGCUCUUAGGGCUGUUCCGCGUGUCUCUGUAGCCCCAUCAUAUAGAACAAGUUCACCAUGCCGAAGGAAGUGAAAUCUCAGGAGGAUCCCGAUCCUACCCCAUACUUGUUUGUGUCACUCGAGCAGAAACGCAUCGAUCAAACAAAGCCCUAUGACGCCAAAAAAGCUUGCUGGGUGCCAGAUGAUAAGGAGGGUUUCCUUCUUGGUGAAAUUAGGGGAACCAAGGGUGACCUCGUCACCGUUGGAAUUCCUGGAGGAGAGGAAAAGCACUUUAAGAAAGAACAAGUGCAACAGGUCAAUCCUCCCAAAUAUGAGAAAGCGGAAGACAUGUCUAAUUUGACAUAUCUUAACGAUGCUUCAGUAUUGCACAACUUGAAGCAACGUUAUUAUAAUCAACUCAUUUAUACUUACUCCGGCCUUUUCUGCGUUGCUAUUAACCCUUACAAACGUUUCCCCGUCUACACCAACCGUUGCGCGAAGUUAUACCGUGGCAAAAGGCGAAAUGAAGUACCACCACACAUUUUCGCCAUUUCUGACGGUGCCUACGUUAACAUGCUUACGAACCACGAGAAUCAAUCUAUGUUGAUUACUGGUGAAUCUGGAGCCGGAAAGACUGAAAACACGAAAAAGGUAAUCGCGUACUUCGCCACCGUCGGCGCGUCAACGAAGAAAGAUGAAGGAGCGCAAAAGAAGGCCAAUCUUGAAGAUCAAGUCGUACAAACCAAUCCAGUACUUGAAGCCUUUGGUAACGCCAAAACCGUCCGUAAUGACAACUCCUCCCGUUUCGGUAAAUUCAUCCGUAUCCACUUCGGACCGACUGGUAAAUUGGCCGGUGCCGACAUCGAAACCUAUCUGCUGGAAAAGGCCCGUGUCAUCUCCCAACAGCCCUUGGAACGAUCAUACCACAUCUUCUACCAGAUCAUGUCCGGAUCAGUUAAGGGACUUAAAGAGAAUUGUCUUCUGUCUAACAACAUCCACGACUACUUCUUCGUGUCGCAAGGCAAAACCUCAAUUCCAGGAGUGAAUGACGGCGAGGAAGGCGAAGUCACCGACGAAGCUUUCGACAUCUUGGGCUUCACGCAAGAGGAAAAGAAUGACGUUUACAAAAUUACCGCCUCCGUCAUGCACAUGGGCGGUAUGAAGUUCAAGCAGAGAGGUCGCGAGGAGCAAGCCGAGGCUGACGGUCAAGAGGAGGGUGAGCGUAUCGCCAAGCUUUUGGGCGUAGAUACCGCCGCCUUGUACUUGGGUCUCUUGAAGCCAAGGAUUAAAGUAGGCAACGAGUUCGUGACGCAAGGUCGUAAUGUCAACCAGGUCAACUACUCCGUCGGUGCCAUGUCGAAGGCCAUGUUUGACAGGGUCUUCAAGUGGCUCGUCAAGAAGUGUAACGAAACCCUAGACACCAAGCAGAAGAGACAGCACUUUAUCGGCGUACUGGAUAUUGCCGGGUUCGAAAUUUUCGAUUUUAACGGGUUCGAGCAACUUUGCAUCAACUUUACAAAUGAAAAGUUGCAACAGUUCUUUAACCACCACAUGUUCGUUCUCGAACAAGAAGAGUACAAAAGAGAAGGAAUUGAGUGGGCGUUUAUUGAUUUUGGCAUGGAUUUAGUUGCUUGUAUCGAUCUCAUUGAAAAGCCCAUGGGUAUCUUGUCCAUCCUUGAGGAAGAAUCUAUGUUCCCCAAAGCCACCGACAAGACCUUUGAGGAAAAAUUGAACAACAACCACUUGGGCAAAUCGCCCAACUUCCAAAAACCGAAACCACCAAAGCCAGGUCAACAAGCUGCCCACUUCGCCAUCGGCCAUUAUGCUGGAUGCGUACCGUACAACGUCACCGGCUGGUUGGAGAAGAACAAGGAUCCCUUGAACGACACCGUCGUUGAUCUUUUCAAGAAGGGCACCAACAAGCUCUUGGUCGAGAUCUUCGCUGACCAUCCAGGUCAAUCUGGUGGAGCUGAUGCCGGCGGAAAGGGUUCCAAACGUACAAAGGGUUCCGCUUUCCAAACUGUCUCCAGUUUAUACAGGGAACAACUGAACAACUUGAUGACAACGUUGAAGGCAACCCAGCCUCAUUUCGUACGUUGUAUCAUCCCCAAUGAAUUGAAACAGCCAGGUCUAAUCGACUCCCACUUGGUCAUGCACCAGCUGACCUGUAACGGUGUACUUGAAGGUAUCCGUAUUUGCCGCAAAGGUUUCCCCAACAGGAUGGUCUACCCCGACUUCAAACUGCGAUACAAAAUUCUGGUCGCCCAACAAAUAAAAGAUGAUACGUCUCCAGAGAAAGCCGCAAAACUUAUCCUCGACCACGUUGGUCUGGAUUCUGAUCAGUUCCGAUUGGGACAUACUAAGGUCUUCUUCCGUGCCGGUGUCUUGGGUCAGAUGGAAGAAUUACGUGACGACCGCUUGGGCAAGAUCAUGACCUGGUUGCAAUCUUGGGUGCGAGGUUACCUCUCAAGAAAGGAAUUCAAGAGACUGCAAGAGCAAAGACUUGCGUUGCAAGUUGUACAACGCAACUUGCGCAAAUACCUCAAAUUGCGUACCUGGCCAUGGUACAAAUUGUGGCAGAAAGUCAAGCCCCUCCUCAACGUCACCCGCGUUGAAGAUGAAAUUAAGAAACUUGAAGAGAAAGCUGCCAAAGCCCAAGAGGCCUUUGAGCGCGAAGAAAAGGCGAAGAAAGAACUCGAAGCACUUUACGCAAAAUUGUUAGCCGAAAAGACCGACCUCUUGUCCCAACUCGAAAGCGAAAAGGGAUCAUUUGGUGAUGUCCAAGAAAGAGCCAACAAAUUGCAGGCGCAAAAGAGCGAUUUGGAGUCUCAACUUUCCGAAACCCAAGACCGACUUACUCAAGAGGAAGACGCGCGCAACCAACUCUUCCAACAAAAGAAGAAAUUGGAGCAAGAAAUUUCCGGAUUCAAAAAGGACGUUGAAGAUCUCGAGCUUUCAGUCCAGAAAGCCGAACAAGAUCGUGCCUCCAAAGAUCACCAAAUCAGAAACCUUAACGACGAAAUCGCGCACCAGGACGAGCUCAUCAACAAACUCAACAAGGAAAAGAAAUUGCAAGGCGAGAAUGGUCAGAAAUUGUCCGAGGAGCUGCAAGCGGCCGAAGACAAAGUCAACCAUCUCAACAAAGUCAAAGCCAAGUUGGAACAGACCCUAGACGAACUUGAAGAUUCACUGGAACGCGAAAAGAAACUGAGAGGCGACGUUGAAAAGGCCAAACGUAAGGUAGAAGGCGAUCUUAAGCUGACCCAGGAAGCCGUAGCCGACCUCGAACGCAACAAGAAGGAAUUGGAACAGACCAUCCAACGCAAGGACAAGGAAAUCUCAUCCCUCUCGGCCAAACUCGAAGACGAACAAUCCGUUGUCGGCAAAGUACAGAAGCAAAUCAAGGAAUUACAGGCGCGCAUCGAAGAAUUGGAAGAAGAGGUUGAAGCCGAGCGUCAAGCUCGCGCCAAGGCCGAAAAGCAACGCGCCGAUUUGGCCCGCGAAUUGGAGGAGUUGGGCGAACGUCUCGAGGAAGCCGGUGGCGCCACCUCCGCCCAGAUCGAGCUCAACAAGAAACGCGAAGCCGAACUUGCCAAACUCCGCCGCGACCUGGAAGAGACCAACAUUCAACACGAAGGAACGCUCGCCGCCCUCCGCAAGAAGCACAACGAUGCCGUCUCCGAAAUGGGUGAACAGAUCGACCAGCUCAACAAACUCAAGGCAAAGGCUGAGAAGGAAAAGGCUCAAUACUUCGGUGAAUUGAACGAUCUCCGCGCUAAUGUCGACCACUUGGCUAACGAGAAGGCUGCCCAAGAGAAGAUUUCCAAACAACUAGGCCAACAAUUGAAUGACGUACAAGGUAAAUUAGACGAAACCAACCGCACAUUGAACGACUUCGAUGCCGCCAAGAAGAAGCUCUCCAUCGAAAACGGUGACCUCCUCCGUCAAUUGGAAGAAGCCGAAUCGCAAGUGUCACAGCUCAGCAAGAUCAAGGUAUCGCUAACCACUCAACUGGAAGACACCAAGAGAUUGGCUGACGAAGAAGCACGCGAACGCGCUACCCUCCUUGGCAAAUUCCGUAAUCUCGAACACGACUUGGAUAACAUCCGCGAGCAGAUCGAGGAAGAAGCCGAAGCCAAGGCCGACAUUCAGAGACAACUCAGCAAGGCUAACGCCGAUGCCCAAUUGUGGCGCUCUAAAUACGAAUCCGAAGGUGUCGCCCGCUCCGAAGAACUCGAGGAGGCUAAGAGGAAGCUCCAAGCCCGUCUCGCUGAAGCUGAAGAAACCAUCGAAGCGCUCAACCAGAAGGUCGUCGCACUCGAAAAGACCAAGCAGCGUCUUGCCACCGAAGUUGAAGAUUUGCAACUCGAAUGCGACCGUGCCACGGCCAUCGCCAACGCCGCCGAAAAGAAACAGAAGGCAUUCGACAAAAUCAUCGGCGAAUGGAAACUCAAGGUUGACGACCUCGCCGCCGAACUCGACGCGAGCCAAAAGGAAUGCCGCAACUACUCGACCGAAUUGUUCCGUCUCAAGGGCGCCUAUGAGGAAGGUCAAGAACAGCUCGAAGGCGUACGCAGAGAAAACAAGAACUUGGCCGAUGAAGUCAAGGACUUGCUCGACCAAAUCGGCGAAGGUGGACGCAACAUUCACGAAAUUGAGAAGGCGAGAAAGAGGUUAGAGGCCGAAAAGGACGAACUCCAAGCCGCGCUCGAAGAGGCAGAGGCCGCUCUCGAACAAGAAGAGAACAAGGUAUUGCGUAGCCAGCUCGAACUAUCGCAGGUACGCCAAGAAAUUGACCGCCGCAUCCAGGAGAAGGAGGAGGAAUUCGAAAACACACGCAAGAACCACCAACGCGCUCUCGAUUCUAUGCAAGCUUCUCUAGAAGCAGAGGCUAAGGGCAAGGCCGAGGCUCUCCGCAUGAAGAAGAAGUUGGAAGCUGACAUCAACGAACUUGAAAUCGCCUUGGACCACGCCAAUAAGGCUAACGCAGAGGCCCAGAAGACAAUCAAACGCUACCAACAACAAUUGAAGGACACACAAACCGCCCUCGAAGAGGAACAACGCGCUCGCGACGAAGCCCGCGAACAGCUCGGUAUCUCAGAGAGACGCGCCAAUGCCUUACAGAACGAGCUUGAGGAAUCCCGUACAUUACUGGAACAAGCCGACCGCGCCCGUCGCCAAGCCGAACAAGAAUUGGGCGACGCCCACGAGCAACUCAACGAAUUGGCGGCACAAUCCGCAUCGUUAUCCGCGGCGAAGAGGAAGUUAGAAGGUGAAUUGCAGACAUUACACGCCGAUCUCGACGAGCUCCUCAACGAGGCCAAGAACUCCGAAGAAAAGGCGAAGAAGGCCAUGGUCGACGCUGCCAGAUUAGCCGACGAACUCCGCGCUGAACAAGACCACGCACAAACACAAGAAAAACUCCGCAAAGCCCUCGAGACGCAAAUCAAGGACUUGCAGGUGCGACUCGACGAGGCCGAAGCUAACGCCCUUAAAGGUGGCAAGAAGGCGAUCGCCAAACUCGAACAGAGAGUACGAGAGUUGGAGAACGAGCUGGACGGCGAACAAAGACGACACGCCGACGCACAGAAGAACCUCAGGAAAUCAGAGCGCCGCAUCAAGGAGCUCAGCUUCCAGGCCGAGGAGGACCGCAAGAACCACGAACGCAUGCAGGACCUUGUAGACAAACUCCAACAGAAGAUUAAGACGUACAAGAGGCAAAUCGAAGAAGCUGAAGAAAUUGCCGCACUCAAUUUAGCCAAAUUCCGCAAAGCACAACAAGAACUCGAAGAGGCGGAAGAACGCGCCGACAUGGCGGAGCAGGCCAUCACCAAAUUCCGUGCCAAGGGACGCUCAGGAUCCGCCGCACGCGGUGCCAGCCCAGCGCCAACUCGUAAACCGAUCGCACUGGAUUAAACCCCCAAGACCACAGCGCCCAAUACUUGAUGGCUUCGACGACUUCUAAGAAAAUCAAAGCGCUGUGUUAUUAACUAAUAUGGAUGAACGCGGACAGAACACACACUGUCUUAACUAGGCAUAUAAUAUUUAUUUUAUAAUUAUUUUUGUUUUCAAAUUAAUAGUAAUAACGUACUUAUUACAUGAUUCCGUGCCCAUGCGUGAGGGAUUUUGUCAUUCAUUUGGGAAGAGACACGUAACUCCAUCCGUAACAGCCCCAAUAAAUCCUCUCGUUCAUUGACCAUUUAUGUAUUUACCAUAUAAGUACCAUGUAUGUGUGAAAUGUAUGGCUUAAGGCACCAAUAAACACGUCAUAUCGUUACCAUA